CUCCCCAAUAAUUUUUCCCAGGGAGAGCAUAUGUCUUGUCUUUCCCUGGGAUAAGUGAAUACGAACAGUGCACACAAUUCGUGUUUGGCCGCCGAGAAAGACGAAGAAGAAACUAUCACCAUGAGAGCCGUUGUUCAGCGAGUUGCCGCAGCCAGCGUUGAGGUGGAAGGGCGAAUCGUAUCGGCUAUCGGGGCGGGGCUUCUCGUCCUGGUUGGUCUCCACGAGUCGGACGUUGAUUCUGAUGCCGACUACAUUUGCCGAAAAGUACUCAACAUGAGAUUAUUCCCAAAUGAAAAAACAGGAAAGAACUGGGACCAGAAUGUAAUGCAGAGGAGUUAUGGUGUUCUAUUGGUGAGUCAGUUUACAUUGUACGGGAUAUUGAAGGGUAACAAGCCAGAUUUUCAUGUGGCAAUGUCACCUGAAAGAGCAAAGCCCUUCUAUGCUUCUCUAGUUGACAAAUUCCGAAGAUCCUACAACCCGGAUGCAGUAAAAGCCUUCUUUUCUCUACUAUUAUUUCUUCGCUCCAUGGUCCAUACAUCUACUAUUGUUUAUCAAUAUACUGGGAAAUGUAUUUUCUAUUCUAUCACGUAUUUAACUGCCUUUCCUGGUGCCCAAUUUUUACCCACAGAUGGCAUAUUUGGAGCGAUGAUGAAGGUCAAUUUGGUCAAUGAUGGUCCUGUGACAAUGCAGCUUGACUCUUCACAAACAUCUAGGACUACAAAUGAUGCCAUUGGAGAACCCUAAAUUGGUACCCUUCAGUGUAAGAUGGGACGCCUUGGAAAUGAAGCUGUUAUUUACAGAAGGUCCUUUGGCCUUUUCAAACAAAGAAUUAUGAUUUGUGGAAAGACGUGAGAUUACUUUGCUGAAUUCGCUACAUUCAAAUCUAAUUGAUUUGUGGUGUCCAUCUGAGUCA